CUCAGCAUGGCUUCCAAAAGACUGGAGAUCAAGUUGAGAAAGUUUUUUAACAUCCCUCGUAAGGGGGAAAACUAUGAGUUCAGAUCUGGUCUUGUGUCACAAUAUGCAGAGGAAAGAAAGGACACCAUCCAGCGAGUUAUUGCGGCCAUGACCAUGGGGAAGGAUGUGUCGGCAUUGUUCCCCGAUGUGUUGAAGAACAUUGCCACUCACGAUCUUGAGCAGAAGAAAUUGGUUUAUCUAUACCUCAUGAACUAUGCAAAGACACAUCCCGAGUUGGUCAUUUUGGCCACAAACACAUUCGUGCGAGAUGCAGAAGAUCCAAAUCCGUUGAUCAGAGCGUUGGCAAUUAGAACCAUGGGAUGCAUUAGAGUUGACAAGAUGGUAGAUUACAUAUCAAUUCCUUUGAAGAGAACUUUGAAGGAUGACAAUCCAUAUGUUAGGAAAACUGCCGUUAUUUGUGUUGCGAAGCUAUUUGAGUUGAACCCCACUGUUUGUAUGGAGCAGGGGUUCCUAAACUACCUAUUGGAACUUGUCGACGACUCCAACCAGAUGGUGGUUGCAAAUGCGGUUGCUGCGCUACUGGAAAUUUCCAAGUCGACUCAAAAAGAUGUUCUAAAGAUUGAUUCCAAGAUUUUGUCGAAACUUCUAUCAACCUUGAAUGAAUGCAGCGAGUGGGGACGGGUUUCCAUCCUAUCUGCGUUGGUUGAGUACGAUGCGCAUCAAAUUUCUGAGGUCCAUGAGAUCAUUGAGAAAAUAUCACCACAAUUACAGCAUGAGAAUCCGGCAGUAGUUUUAACAUCGAUAAAAGUUCUUAUUAAACAAUUGAACAAACUCCCUAAUAACGAAACAGCCAAUGUGCUAAGCAGAUUGUCGAGUCCAUUGUGCUCCUUACUGGUUUCUGCUCCUGAAAUCCAAUUUGUUGCUCUAAAAAACAUCAGAAUUUUACUUGAAAAAUACCCAAACAUUUUGGAUAAAGAACUACGUGCUUUCUUCAUCAAAUACAACGACCCAUUGUACUUGAAGUUGGAGAAAAUAGAAAUCAUGAUAAGAAUAUCCAAUGACGAUAAUUGUAUGUUGUUAUUAUCUGAACUAAGAGAGUACUCCAUGGAGGUUGACAUCGACCUAGUCAAUAGAGCAAUCAACGCCAUUGGACAAAUAGCGAUAAAGAUCGAAAAAUGCUCCAAAAAAUCUGUUGAGAUCUUAUAUGAACUCUUCAUAAAUAGGGGAGAUUACGUUGUUGAAGAAACUGUUGUUGUAGUACAGAACAUUUUGAGAAGAUAUCCUAAAGAAUAUUUAUCAACAAUCAUAACAAUCAUUGCCGAUCUCAAAUUCGACGAUUUAUCCAAACCAGAAUCCAUUUCAUCUUAUAUGUGGAUUUUAGGAGAAUAUGCUAAAGAGAUACCCCAUUUGGAAGAUAGGUUAUCUUUGAUUGUCGAUAAUUUCGAUGACUUUGAACCAAUUGUACAAUCUGCAGCACUCUCUUCAGUUGUCAAGGUCAGCUUGGCUAAGCCAACUCCAAAAAUUCCUCAACUAUUACAGCAAGUUCUCGAUAAAGCAACUAAAGAGGUUGAAAAUGCUGAUGUUAGGGAUAAGGCGUACUUAUACUGGAGAUUGCUCUCAACUGAUGAUAAGGCUUUGCAAAAGGACAUUCUACUAAAUAAGUUACCUCUCUUGGAUUCUACUAUUGAAAGCUUUGCACCAGGAUUGUUGGAAGAAUUAUUAGACAAAUUAGGUAACUUGAGCUCUGUCUUCUACAAACCUGCAUCCUCAUUCAUAAACCUGGACAAAAACGACCCAGCAUUUGUCACGUCUUCUGACCUGCAAAAUAAAAAGUUUGAAGAAUUACAACAAAUAGCUAAGAAUGAAAUUGUGAACAACGCUGUGAAGGCUGAUAAUUUGCUAGAUUUAGAUGACGACGACAACGGAGGUGGCGAGAACCCUCAAGAUGUUUUAAAUGGAUCUGAUCAAAAUAGAGGUGGUAACAUUUUAGAUGAGUUGAACGAUUUAUUCUCCGGACUGGGUGCUUCUUCUGCAGUGACACAAACUUCUACUAAUAAUGAUCCGUUUGGAAUACUGGGUGCUGUGUCAAGUAAUUCACCUGCUUCAGCUUCACCACCCGCGUGACCCAAGCCGGUAAGCUUAAAAAGUACUUAUAUGCCGGCAUAAUAUUUUUGUAGCCUAAAUAAUCUUCAAUAGACACACACAUACCUACAUACAUAUUAGUAUAUACUUAUUAUACAUAAUCAUAUACGAAUGUUGUCCGUAAUUGUAUACACAAAAGCAAAAUCGUACAUCUAGUCGUAAGCUGAAUUCAGCUUUCCACUUCAUCUAUUUCUUUCUCUUCGUUUUGUUUCUUUUUGAAUCCUUCAUGUUCAAAUUCAUCAGCUUGUACAAAUGCAGCUUCGUCGUCAUUUUCUUCCUCAUCCAUUGCCACAUGCACGCCGGCAUCUUGCAUUUCAAAAUCUUCUCCUAUUUCUUCUCCUUCGUCCGCUU